UUUUAUUGGGGGUAUGGGACAAAUAUUAAAAAAUUCUUUUGGGGUUGGGGGAAGGAGGAGAGAAGACGUAACAUGGUACCUAUCAGAUCCUGCUAAGCAGGACUUGUCCUGAUCAUAUCUUAUGUGGGAAAACUUCAAGGAAAAUUCAAGUUCUCUAGAAGGUGGUGUCAGUGACUCCUGCAUUCUCCAGGCAGUCCUAAACAAGUGCUCGGACCUGGUGUUAGAUUGUGCUGUGCUGCUGAAGGUGCUCUAUUUUGGUGUGAAUGAUUUGAGUAUUCAUCAUGAAAAGUACCCUUGACACUCUUAGAAAGAGUAGGUUUGUUGAUCUGGUAUUAGGGCCACAUGCACAUAAUCCUGUUCCGCAACCCUGAAAUUCCCCACCCCACUCUUGAAGUUUCAGUACAAAAUAUUAUUGUUAAUUUCUUGCGUCAAAAACUUUGUAUGGUAUUACUGGCACCUAGGGAGACACCUAAUCAAGGGUUGGAGUAACUAUAAAUAUAGUGUUACAAAGCAAUUGAGUUCCUGUAUCAAUGUAAGGGGAUAUUGCUUUAUUUGUGCAAACAGAAGAGGGGUGGGGUAAUGACAUAGUAAAGUUGGAUUGAUCAGUUUCACAGAUGUAUUUAUUGCUGUGAUUAAACAGUUCCAAGGGACAGCUCCAAGCCACAGUUCAGCACGCAUUGCCCCUCUUCUGAGGGGAGCAUUUAUUUGCAUGAAAAAACAACUACGAUGAUACUUGCAGUGGCCAGACAAGAAUUGUCAUGUUAAAUAUUUAAUCAAAAUGUUUCACGUUUGCAUAGUAAAGAUCUUCUAGUGUUAAUGGGUAUUAAAGGAGGAAAUGAAAAUGUUUAUAAACUAAACGACCCAAGCUAAGAUAUCAGAAUUUGUGUACGCUAAAAUUUACAUAGGUUUAAAUUUGAAACCCAGAUACAUUUAAAACCAUUUCCUCCUUUACUUGCCUGCUCAGACCUUAGUUCAGGAUUCUGUUUGCCCUACAGCAGCCAGAGAUGUUGCAGCCAGCUGAAACGGGGCCCCCUGUACUGCUGUACGGGGCUGUGAUGCCAUCAGCUAUUGCAGGGGAGACUCUGAAGCCUGAACUUGGGUCUUGGAAGGUAUGGCUUUGUUGAGUUUGACGAUCUGCGUGAUGCAGAUGAUGCUGUUUAUGAGCUAAAUGGUAAAGACCUUUGUGGGGAGCGAGUUAUCGUUGAGCAUGCCAGGGGCCCCCGACGUGACAGCAGUUAUGGUUCUGGACGCAAGUCCUUUGAGGCUAAGAUGACUGCCUGUUCCAUUUGCUGACCUUGGGUUACCUUUCCAUGAGUGGCUCUUUGACCUUUGUGGCCCUUGGCUGACCAAAAAAGGAAGCCAUGUGACGACCGCAACCUUUUCCCAUUAGACCUGGGUGGUGAGGAUCCCAAGGGUUAGAGACAGAUGAGAUUAAACUGAAAUAGGUGCCUGAAAAUCUAUAUUCAUGUCAGAUAUUCAGAAAACCUUUAAUCAAUGUGGAUAUGGUUAUAGAAGAAGCGGAAGAGAUAAGUACGGUCCUCCCACCCGUACAGAGUACAGAUUGAUCGUGGAAAAUCUGUCAAGCCGUUGCAGUUGGCAAGAUUUGAAGGAUUAUAUGCGUCAGGCAGGCGAAGUGACAUAUGCAGACGCACACAAAGGGAGAAAAAAUGAAGGUGUGAUUGAGUUCAAAUCCUAUUCGGAUAUGAAAAGAGCCCUUGAAAAGCUGGAUGGGACAGAAGUGAAUGGCAGAAAGAUUAGGUUAGUGGAAGACAGGCCUGGAUCCAGACGGCGCCGCUCCUAUUCCAGAAGCCGAAGCCAUUCGAGGUCUCGCUCUCGAAGCAGACACUCUCGUAAGAGCAGAAGCCGUAGUGGCAGUAGCAAAAGCAGCCAUUCCAAGAGUAGAUCAAGAUCCAGGUCUGGGUCCCGUUCCAGAAGCAAGAGCCGUAGUCGAAGCAAGAGCCGUAGCAGAGGCCAAAAGGACAAAAGCCGGAGUCCAAGCAAAGACGAUAAAAGUAGGAGCCGCAGCAGGAGUGCGGAGAAAACCCAGAGCAAAAGUAAAGACAAAGCAGAGGAUGCCGUCCAGAACAACGACGACGCAAAAGCAAAGAGCAGGAGCCCCAGCAAGGAAAAGAGUAAGAGUAAAAGUAGGAGCAGGAGUGGGAGCAAGGAGAGAGUGGAGGAAGAGAAGGCGAGCGUGAGGAGGAGUAGGAGUAAGGAGAAAAGUAGGAGUAAAGAGAAGGAGAAGAGCAAGGCUAGGAGCAGGAGCAAGAGCAGAGAGGAGAGUAAGAGCAGGAGCAGGAGUCGUAGUAAGAGUAAGGAUAAAAGGAAAGGAAGGAAGAGGAGUAGGGAUGACAGCAGAAGUAGGAGCAGGAGCCGCAGCAAGAGUGAGAAAAGCAAAAGGCGCAGCAAGCGAGACAGCAGAUCUAGCAACAAGAAGAAAAAGAAGGAAGACCAAGAGCGGUCCCGGUCCAGGUCUAGGUCUAGAUCCAGGUCCAGAUCCAGAUCGGAGUCCAAGGAAAAGGAGCAUCUAAAACCAGAAUCUGACAAAAAGGAGGUAAAAAAGGAGGGUGAGGAAAUGGACAAAAGUCAUGAAUCUCGGUCCAGAUCUAGGUCAAAUUCUAAAUCCAAACCAAAUGUCAAAUCAGAAUCUCGGUCCCGAUCAAAGUCAAUUUCAAAAACUAGGUCCCGGUCCAAGUCUAGAUCUAGGUCUGCCUCUAAAUCACCAUCCAGAUCUAGAUCAAGAUCUCGUUCGAGGUCCUAAACUUGCUGCAACCACACUUGAAACUAUAUGAAAAGUCUUUUGUACAUGUUUGGUAGUUGUAGCACAAGUGAUUGAAGUAGAACACAUGUCAAUGCUGUACAUUUUUAACUACCCUAAUGGUGUGUCUGUAAUUGUUCAGUACAGGGCUCCCUCUCUGCAAUGCUUUCUGGUUCAAGGCUAUGCAGCUCAUUUGCUGACUUGUAGAAAGAUCCCCUUUAUAACACAAUCCUCACUAGAACACCAAAAUCACCUUGUUUUCCAAGAACAGCCUUACAGAGAGGAAGCGCUGUACUUUGAUGGGUUUAUAAGGUUGGAAUGAUGACUGAUAGGUAGGUAUGGUGACUUCAACUAUUUUUGCCCUUGAACUGAUGCCCUUUGAUGUAUGCCAUUUAGUGAAAGUGCUAAGUCUUAAGUUUCAUACUACUUUUGGUUUCAUAUUUUUGGAUUUACAGAGUUGUGAAUAGCACAGUCAAGGAAAUAGAUACCUGCAGUAACCCAUAGGGGAAUAAAAAGUAGAGUUCCAUAUUCUGGUAUUGUGACAAUAUCCUUGUUUUAUAUUAAAUUUUUUUAUUUUAUUUUUCCCCGUCUUGCAAAGUACAGUGAUCCCUGUUUCCAUGAAAUUUGAAUAAAGACUAUUUUUGCUUGAUGA